AUGAUACAUUUCAUGCAGAUUCGCCAAUCAUUAAGAAGACUUAGCGGUGGAGCGGCGAAGCCGCAUUGGGGAGAACCACCAAAGCAUAGAUGGCAGCCUUUUCUACCUGACAGACACUACUACGGAGAACAUGCUACGUACAACGGAUUCGUCCUGUUGCUAAGAGGACUCAGACCACGAAUAGAAAGGAUCUGCAGUGCAACAUUCAAAACUGCAACUGAUAUCGUAUCGGUGUUGUAUAGGCCAAUAGCACGCUCGAUUUUAAAACACAACCCAGAUAUCAGAUACCAGCUAGUAGCGCUAACAGCAUUCUUCUGUACAACAAGGGCAAUAACGCUCCACUAUGGAAAACUGUAUCAAGGAAUCGUUGAUCUCAGGAAUCUACUGCAGUUGGGAGUGGCAGACGAUCUCAACGAACAUGGCUUCUGGAAUUCAGCAAAAGAAGACAAAGACGAAAGGAUCAAGUAUUUCGAAAAGGAACAAAACAGACUGAACAAGUUGUGGGAAAACUCCUUCAAACGCGCCCUUUUCACUCAAAAGUUCGAGGACCUUUGCAAAGAUGUGAUACCAACGGCUGACGAAGUCAACACGGGCGUCCUCCCACCAGUAUCAUGGAGGUUUAACAUGAUACCCUAUGGCAAGGACAACGAAGACGCAGUUGUAUUUGAUACAGCAGCGCAUGAUAUGCCCCUCAGAUCUAUGGCGCUCAACUUCACUUACAACAAUCUAUCAGGCGACUGGGGAGACUACAUCGAUCGCCAAGAUAACAAGAGCGCACUACUUCGACCGUCGAGACAGAUGUUUACGGAUAUUUACAUACCAGGUACCAAGUGA